AUGGCCGAUGUAGAGAAGUCUGCAAUGCCGGUAAUUGGGCAAAAGUACGUCUCAUCGGACGUUGAAGCAGCUUCAAUGAAAGAGGAAGCUAUUUCCAAAACCUUUCGGAUUACAUCAUGGGCCAAAGGUCUUUUCACGACGGUCGAGACGAAGGGCAUUCAACGCGUCACUGACGAAGAACGCUUGCAUAACACAACGAAUGUAUGGCAAGCGUGCACGUUCUGGGCGAGUGCUAAUAUGGCAAUCGCAACGGCCAAUACGGGCUCUUUGGGCGGCGUAAUGGGACUUUCAUUUUGGGAUUCCUUCGCGAUCAUAGUUGUCGUCAACCUAUUCGCUUGCAUGCUGCCGGCGUGGACGGCAGGCUUUGGACUUUCCGGCUUGAGGAUGACUACAUUUAGCCGAUAUUCGUUCGGAUACUGGGGAAACCUUCUUGUCGUGGUAUUCUCCAUGGUCUCAACGACUGGAUGGAACGUUAUAAACUCCAUAUCAGGCGCGUCUGUUCUCAACGCGUUGUCUAAUGGCAAGUGCCCAACUUGGGCUGGCGUGAUCAUUAUCUGCACCAUUGUCUGGAUAAUAUGCUCGCUCGGCAUUAUGUGGAUACAUAAGCUGGAUUCAAUACUUUGGUUUUUCCCAUUCCUCUGCUGGUGUGUCGCUGCUGGCACUGGAGCCAAGCACUUUUCUGGAGACGCUGUCAAAUCACCGACAGGACCAAAUGGAGCUGCCGCCGCCUUGUCGUUCCUGGCAGUCAUCUUCUCCUUCGCAGUUUCUUGGAUCAAUUGUGCGAGCGACUUCAAUGUCAGAAUGCCACUCUACACACCUCGAUGGAAACUAUUCGUGUCCACCUACAUUGGUAUAGCCGUGCCAACUAUCUUGGUUCAGACAUUUGGAGCAGCUGUUUACAGCGGUGUGCAAGCGAAUCCUGAGUGGAAGCAUUCUUUCGUUCAACACGGAUUUGGCGGACCACUUAAACUAGCCAUUCAACCGGCUGGAGGCUUCGGCAAGCUCUGCCUCGUCUUCGCAGCUCUCUCCUCGAUACCAAACAACAUCCCGAACAAUUACGCCUUUGCUCAUCAUGCACAGAACGGGGGUCCAUGGGCAAUCAAGGUGCCAAGGAUUGCGUUUGUAACCAUCGGAUUCGUCGCAGCCAUCGUAACUGGAACCUUUGCGGCAAAGUACUUCACAGACACUCUGCAAACGUUUCUCUCCAUCAUUGGAUACUGGACUAUUAUACAUUUGGUUGUUGUUUCCGAGGAACAUUUAAUUUACCGCAAGGGUCGGUAUAGCUCAUACAAUUGGGAUGCCUGGAAUAGGGCUGAUUUAUUGCCAUUUGGAUGGGCUGCUAUUGGCGCGUUCAUAUUCGGCUUCGUUGGCGCUGUGCUUGGAAUGAAGACGGCUUGGUUUGUCGGUCCCGUUGCAGAGCUCAUCGGUGCGCACGGCGCGAACAUUGGUCAUGAGUUAACCUUCCUUUUCUCAGGAAUAUCUUUCCCUAUCUUCAGAUGGUUGGAGAAGAUGUAUACUGGCAAAUAA